AUGGGUCAAGAAUUUUUUGACUACUUAGUAACACGCUCUUUUUUCCAAGAGUUUGAUAUAGGCGAUGACGGUGGUAUCAUAAGUUCUAAGAUGCAUGGGAUAGCGUACAAUUUUCUCAAAUUUAUCACUAGGCAUGAAUGUUUGGCAAUGGAAGUCAAUGGUGACGAACAACCAAGCCCAAAUCCCGAUUAUCAAGACGAAGUUCGUCAAUCAACGUUGAUGCUUAGUAAGGAAGCCUCAUUUCCCAACUCUAUAUUUGGCUUUAAAAAAUUGCGCAGUCUCUUGGUUCAAGGUGGGGUAACAAACUCUUCAUCAGUGCCACAGGAAGUCUUUGGUCAACUUUUGCUCUUAAGAGCAUUAGAUAUUAGUGGAAACCUUUUGUACGAGGAUUCAAUUGUUGACAUUCCAUCAACGAAGAUAGGAAAAUUGAUCCAUUUGAGAUAUCUUAAUUUUUCCUUGCUAAAGAUAUCAGAAUUACCUGAGGGUUUAUGCGAGUUGUAUAAUUUACAGACCUUGGAGAUCAGUCAAUGCAUCAAUCUCAACAAAUUACCUCAGGGGAUGGAAAAGUUGACAAAUCUAAGGCAUGUGGUAAAUGAUGAGACUUCAUUGAAUUACAUGCCCAAAGGAAUGGAAAGAUUAACUUGUCUUCGUACAUUAAAAGAAUUUGUUGUUAGUGGUGGUGUCAAUGCUAGCAAUGCAUGUAGCCUUAAAUGCUUGGAGAAUUUUGUCUAUCUCCAAGGGUCUCUAAGUAUAAGAAAGUUGGGAUAUGUGAUAGAAAAAGUUGAUCCUGGGAAAGAAAAACCUCCUUCAUUUGUAUCUAAAUUUCGAGAAAGAUACAGAAGAAGAGACGGCAAAUACGAUGAAAAUGUUCUUGAAGCCUUACAACCACCUUCAACUUUAGAGAGAUUAGAGAUUAGAGGCUACAAAGGCAAGACAAUCUCACCCACAUGGGUAAUGUCAUUAAGGAAGCUAAGAAUGUUAAAUCUCCAUGAAUGCAUGAACUUAGACCAUUUGCCUUCGUUGGGAGAAUUGUCAUCCCUCGAGUCACUUUCUAUAUCAAGUAUGCACGUGAAAAAAGUGGAUAAUGAAUUUUUGGGAAGAGAGAGCGUCGUCAAUUCGCCACAUUCAUUAUUUAUUGCUUUCCCUAAAUUGAAGGCUCUAAGAUUUGUUAACAUGGAGGAAUGGGGAGAAUGGGAAGCGACAACUAAUGCGAUAUGGGAAGAAUUUUGUGAUUCUACAAUCAUGCCAUGUCUUCGUUCUUUAUCACUUCUAUAUUGUCCCAAAUUGAAGGCAUUACCAGACCACAUUCUUCAGAUUGCAACAUUGAAUGAAUUGAAUAUCAGUUGGUGUCCUUUGUUGAAAGCGUGUUACGAUAAUUGGCACAGACAGAAUUGGGACAAGAUCUCUCGUAUUCCUAAGAUUAUGAUUAAUUUUAAGUAUGUGGAGAGAGGGAAGCAAAUCGAUAUUGCCUAA